AGUACUCCGGCCUUGUUUGUCUACUCUGUCUCUAGCAAGAUCAAAACAGAAUCGCCCUACUCCUCUCUCCAUUCCUCAAUUCAGGGUUUUAAAACCGAUGUUUUCUACCUUUUUGGGAAAUUUGAUUGCGCCGUGCUAGUAUUCCACUCGCAUCCAUACCCUGCAUGCACUGCACCACGUCCCAGGCGUCAAUGGAGACAGCAGAUGCCACGUCACCAUACGACCUAGAGUACAGAGCCAGCGAGGACGACGCCUGGUACAGCGUCUGCGUCCUUCUCGACGCCGACGCCGAGAUGCUCACCGUCAAAUACAUGUGCUCGCCGGAGCUCUACGAAAUUGUCUUCCACGCCUCGAAAUUCCGAACCGAGGCGGAGGUGGAGGAGCUCGUUUCCCGCUUCAGGCCGGUUUCGCACCAGUUGCAGGAUCACGAGUGCCUCAAGCUAUCCAUCGGAACCACUGUCUGCGCCGCACAUGGCACCACCGACGAUGACCUCAGGUUCUACGACGCCGUUGUUGAUGCAGUGUACCGAAGGACACAUUCAUUUGUUGGUGGGGAAGAGGAGUGUUUGUGCUCCUUUGUGCUAUUCUGGAAACAUGGCCGUGGUCGUGGUACCUUGACAUCUGUUAGUAUAGCCAGUAUCUGCUUUUUAGAUACUGCAACUCACAUUGAUCCUAGAAUCAUUGCUUUUGCAAAAAUGGCUAGGAAAAGUCACUCAUCUAUUACUAAUGAUUCAGAAUCAUCUCAAAAGAGACCCCUGGAGUCGGAGAUCAGCAUGGGGCUUAAAAGUCAAGCAGAUGAAAUGGAAGAUUCAGCAAAGGAUAGCAGUUAUAACCAAUGCACAAAUCAAGAUGAAGAUAUGGGACCGAAACCUUGCAACCCUAAUGAUUUGGCUACGAGUAAUGAUCACUUUUUUAUAGUGAUCAAUAAUCUGGAGAAAGGCCUAACUGCAUCAGUGAUCAAGAGCUUCAUUUAUGAGAAAACUACUAUUCUGGCAGAAGCAUAUGUGUUUCCAAGUCUGGUCUCAGACCCAUUUGCAAGAGGCGCCAUAAUGGUGGAUAGUCAAACGAAGGCUCAGACUGUACAUGAAUUCUUGGACAGUCCAAAACACUUUGUUGUGUCUUCAAAAGGAAGGCCAUGGGUUAUCACCCAAAAACCAUCGGCAGGCAUAUUUGGAGCAAGUAUAAGGAACAUACUCCCUGAGGAAAUCAAUCAUAAAAGCACUGACAGAGAACUGGAAGUAGUUGUAUCAGGAACUAAAUCUUACGAGAGCGCAAAACAGUUAAGAGACUUGGUAAUUGAUUUUCUAUAUCACCAAUCAGUAGUUUCCAAGAGACUAGUUUUUCUAGAAAAGAAAAACUCGUGGUCGUGAAUCAUCUUAGAUAGCCAUAGUCAAUGACCCUUGAUGUCUUAAAGUUUAUGCUAACCACGGCAUGCAACAUGCCCUUUUGUGUGGCAAGCUCUUCCCUUGUCCUUUCUGACCGGUGCUGAUACUUUACAUGAUUCAAAUACUGUUAUUUGUCAUAGGUCUCACCAAUAUCUUACCCCAUAGCAAGCACAGUGGGGAUUACCUUUGGGGAUGAUAUACAUAGGCCUCAUUUAUUUUGCUGGAUAAUGGUCGAUUACUAUGUACUGUCAAACUAUCCAAUAUCUAG